AUGACCCCCCCGCCCCCCCCAGCCGCACUGGCCUCCGAAGGCGCCCUGGUGCCCUUCAGCCUGCUGCGGAGGCUGCACGCCGCGCUGCGGGAAGCAGGGUCCCCGCUGUACCUACACCAGCUCCUGGAAGGCUGCGAGAUCGACCUGCCCGAGGUGCCGGUGCCGCCGCGGAACCCCGAGCUGGUGGCCCGGCUGGAGCGGAUAAAGGCCAAGCUGGCCAACGAGGAGUACCGGCGGAUGACCCGCAAUAUCACGGGCCAGGAGAUGAAUGGGACAUUGGCUGAAUUUGGGAGGCAAGUUCGCUCUGUUAAAGCCGUUGUCAUCACCAUAGUCAACUACGUUGUCACCGUGGUGGCUGCCUUCGCCUGCACCUACCUGGGCAGCCAGUACGUUUUUGUGGAGACGGCAGCGCGUGUCCUGUCAGCGGUAAUUGUGGCCUCGGUGGUUGGCUUGGCUGAGCUGUAUGUGAUGGUGCGGACCCUUGAAGGGGACCUUGGGAAACUGUAAUUGCACACAUGAACCAUGGCCCUCAUCCUGGAGGCUUUUGCCCUCCCCAGGAGUCAUUAAUUUGGGGCAGGUUUAUCUUCUACCAACUGUUUGUACCUGCUCCUGGGAAGACUGCUGCAUUCCUCAGGCCUUGUCUUUUGCUUCCUGCUCCUUAAUGUUUCUGAAAUGAAUCGUGGAUUAAAAAUCCUGCAGCUGCACAACAGGAGAGGGAAUUUCUGUGGACUGUCCCCACCCCAGCACAGAGAGGGAUGUUAGCUUCUGCUGUUCCCGUUCUCCUGUGAAGUUGCUGUUGUUUUAUUCUGGAAAUAAAAAACAUUGGUAUGUUUGCAAUCUUCUUCCUGCCUGAUGGGAGAUGUCUGUUGCUGUAUGGAACACAGACCUGCCAUCUGAAAGACACCGCAGAGAGCUGUGAAUCUUCCCUCCACAUCCUGCUCCUGCCGAAACCUCCCUUUGCCUGUGUGAGAGACGACUUGUAACUCCCUGAAACAGGCCCUGAGAGGAACAGGCCUGUGAGAGAUCAGGGAUGGGGGGGAGCGGGGGCUCUGCGAGCUGAGGAACAUCUCCAAGACUCGCGAGUAACAAAUCGAUGGUCACGGGGCGAUCGUGUGGCGUUUGGCGCUGAUCAGCUGCCUGGACAGCACAGGAGGGGCUGCAGGGGGGAGCCCUGUGGGGAGCAGGAUGGUUCUGCUCUGGGGCAGCUUGUUCUGGUGAAUGAUCUUUGCUUUGUUAUCCGUGAAAUGCAUAUUAAAGUUGACACCCUGCAUAUGCUAAUGAAGAUUAACAAGGUCAUGCUAAUUACAUCAUCCCGUGAAGCAUCUUACCAUCCACGGGAUACGUAGGUAUGUGGGUCGACCCAGGGGAUGGACCCAAGGAGAGUGUGUAUAAAUUGAGGGGGGGGCGAGGAGUGAAAG